UAUAAUGGAUAAUGAUAGAUAAUAGUAAUUCUUUAAAAAUAAACUCCAUCCUCACACCUACACAGAUGCCAAGUUUGAUGUGUGCAUGCAUAUAUAGGUACUGAGUGAAGUUCGUCUGGUACUUUGUUAAAGUUUGGUGGGGGCAUGUAAGGUAUUGCACUCUGGGACACGUCGCCAUCCAAUGAUCGCGCGUCUGCUCUGACGACGUUGCCAAACGCUACCGGCCGACACGCCCCCAGCAUGGAUACAAUCAGCUCUAAUCGGCGCACAGCAUACUGUCACUUUAACGUUGUGAAGAUUACAGCCACGAUGGGAGUUUUCAUACUCCAUCAAGACAAGUUUUCAGAACUCUCAUCUUCGGAAACUUAUUUCUAGAGAAAGCAAACAGUCGGCGUUGCGCGUUCACGGUUCGACCUCGCAUGAUUUUCAUGCAGGAUGCCAGUGUUGCUGAAAAACCGGUAAGAUUAGUACAAAGUGAGUUUGCUUCUGAGAGCUACCUCUUCAGCAUCACACAAAGGGAUCUACUGAGUUCAAUGGUGUUGUGUAAUUUGGGUUUGGAUGCCAUAAAGGAAGAUCGGGGCGAUUUUCAUCCUAGAAACGAAAUGGAUCACUUCGCAGCAGAGUGCCUUGUGUCAAUGUCCAGCCAAGCAAUUGUUCACGGUCCGAAAGGGAAUAGAGAGAUCAGACCCGAAACUACGGCUGCACAGAGGAACGGAGAAGAGACCAAUGAGCCUUUGAAAGAUAACUCCUCUCUCUUUGUGGUGGCGAGAAUUUUGGCGGAUUUUAAUCAGCAGACGCCCACUAAUUUUGCCGAGCAAGCAAAAAUAAAAGAGGAGAGCAUGCCACCAACGGCGACCCUAACCAGAGAUGAUGGGAACUCUGCCACACCUACCACCAUCACCGCCGACUCUGCUCUCAAACAAAGAAGCAAACGAAAUAGGGGUCGAAUUGAACAAGAAGCCCCGCAGAAAAAGCACAAAUGCCACUAUUCAGGUUGUGAAAAAGUUUAUGGCAAAUCGUCCCAUCUCAAAGCCCACCUAAGGACACAUACAGGAGAGCGCCCCUUUCCUUGCACCUGGCCUGACUGCAGUAAGAAGUUUGCUCGCUCUGACGAGCUGGCACGGCACUAUCGCACCCACACUGGCGAGAAGAAGUUUGGCUGCCCCCUGUGCGACAAGCGAUUCAUGCGGAGCGACCACUUGAUGAAACAUGCACGCCGUCACUCCGACUUUCAGCCGGCAAUGUUAAAGAGGCAGCAUGGAGGAGGCAAUGCCACCAUCCCGAGCAGCACACGCCCCGGCUCCCUCAGCGAUUACAGCCGCUCAGAUGCCUCAAGCCCAACCCUCAGCCCUACCCUUAGCCCCGCCAGCUCGCCUUAACCUGGCCGCACUUUCUGCCCAUAGCUCCUGGGUCUCCAGGAUCAGUUUUUCUUCUUCAUCAUUUUCCUCUCUUGAAAAUGGCAAAAUUAGCGCCCAUGCUAAACACCUUUGUUUGCUGUGGUAUACUGUACUGUACAUAACUGCUUCUUGUAGUGCAAUUUUCUUGUGCAAACCCUAAAAGAGAGAGGGGAAAAAAAGAAUGCCUUUUCCAGAUGGCAUUAUUUACAUGAUGUACCAUAUGUCUGUAUUUUUAUAGCUUCUGGCCUUUGUGGCCACUUUUCCAUUGUGUUUUUGUUUUGUUUCGUUCAUUUUACAACCGAUCUGUUUGAGAGAACAAAAAAAGUUGAAAGUUUUGACAGGUAAAGAUAUUUCUUUCAUCUUUUUUCAUUUUUAUUUAAAACGGGUGAAGGAAAGGGGCUCACAUACACCUCAGGAUUCAGAACAGUUUUUUUUCUCCUUUAAUAGUCACAUUGACUGCACAAUACAAGCAUCACUUUACUCCGAAAUUCAACAGAGGUUGAAUUUUGCGCCCUGCUCAGGGAUGGCCUUGUUAGCUUGAAAGAAUGAACACGAUGAAGACAGACAGCCUUACUCUCGGACAAAAGGAAUCUUUGCACUCUUUUUUUUUUUUUUUUUUUGGAUGGUUGGUUUUCACAUCAGGGGAAACAAAUUCUGGGUUUUAACGGUCAAUCAAACUCAAUUUUUAUUUGUUUUUUGUUUUGGAUUUUUUUGUGAAUCAGUCUAAGAGUGGCAUAAGCACUCACCAGAUUAGAAGGGUGGGGGUAAUUGUGUUAUUAAGACUGGAAAUGACUCAAAACUAUACUUUCAACAUUGCUAUCUCCCGAAAACCCUGUACACACAGAGCUGUGCUUGCCUGGGUUCUCUUUCAAAGGAAGUACUCUCAAUAUAGCAUGAAUGUAAUGAUCAGUACGACUUUAUAUUUCAGAACUGCCCAAUAAGGAGAACUCAUCACUUCUCUCAGUGGAUUAAACUAGACUCCCCUUGAAAAUACAGAGGCUAAAGUUUCAAAGCAGCUGUUUCCUCAAUAAAAAAAAACCAGCACAUUCAUCAACUUCAGGGUUUUUACUACUGUACGACAUAUACAAAGGGACUUGUCUGGACAUAUGACUACUUCAGACUCAAAUAAAGACAAAAAGCACAUGAACAGAAUCCACCAAAGACCAAGGUGUGAAUGAGAGAACAGAGAGAGUUUUUUUACUCUAUCCAGAGGAAGACGGGAGGGAGGGAUGUUGGCAUUCUCUCAGGUAACAGCAGAAGUCCUGGCCCUCUGCCCUCCAUCUGCAGAGGCCUUCCACUUAGGAAAUGGCGUCAUCCCACAUAGGGCUAUUCAUAGCAUACUAGCCAGGGAGACGAGAGCCAUUACAGUGGAGCUUUACGCACCCUGUCUCGCUUACUCAAUCUGAUGAAGAAGAGUGGGAGGAAAAGAAAGAGAUGGAUCGAGGGCCAAAGCAAAUGAAGUCCUUAAGCUGUGUCCUUACCUGGCACAAUGCAAUUUUUUUUUAGCAUCAAGCAAAUUGAUCGACAUUAUCAAAAUUAUGCUGCGUUCACAUCGUGUCGGAAUUACUGUAAUCUCGAGAUGGCAACUUGGAGAUUCUACACGGAGCUGUUCAUGUUAUUACAAGUUCUACGAAAACGUGAACACUUUUUACGAGAUGGAAUCUCGUAAUUGUGGUAAUUCCGACAUGACAUGAACGCAUCGACUGUCUUGUCGCUCUUUGUCGUCAUACCUGGUUAGGGCUAUUGGUCGGCUGAUAUAGCUUUUUCAGUGACCGAUUCACAGGCCCUGAUGGAACCUACAGAAUUUUGUUCAUGUUUUCUGUGAUGAUUUUUAGGGAAAAUCGACAGAAUUCUGCAGAAGGGAUGUAAACAUAGCAAAAUGUAAGUAAAAUGAGCUGAGAGUACUAUACUCUUAUUGGUAGUUGAAAGCAUCCAAAUGGCCAAAAUAUUUAAUAAACAAGCAUGCAAGGGAUGGGGAAUACAUACAACUUUUAUGAAUGAAAGAUGACGGAAAUCUGUGGAAAUUCUGUGGAAGUUUUCCACAGAGUUUUUGCAUGCAGAUUCCUCCUGGGCCUGGAAAUGCAAUAAUGAUAGCUUAGGCCACAUCCACACUAAUGCAUUUUCAUUUAUUUUGCUGUGUUUACGCCUCUAACCCACAUUAGAACACCGUUUUCCUCCACCAAAAAAGGGAGCAUUUCGAAAAUUUUCUCCAGAACUGCAUACUUUGGAAAACGAUGUUAGGAAACUGAAAACGGAGGUUUCAAACUUCAAUCCAAUACAAAAAAAUGUAUUAUCCAUUGACAAGGCUGUCAGUAGAGUUAGAAUUGACACAAGGCGACAUCGUCCGACACCUACAAUCUCAAAAUGGCCAAAUAUCAGUUGAUUAACCAUAUAUCUGUCCAUCACUAGUUAGGGCACAGCUUAACAAUUCAAUGUGGACUAGAUUUUCAGAACAUAUAAGAUCAGGGCUGGGUCACUGGGUGGUGUGGAGAGACCCAGGCCUCCAUGAGAACAAAGACUGCAAUCUGCAAGAGGCAGGAAAGGGGUUUGACCCAUUGCGAGACAGAUAAAGACAGAGGCUUUAUCAUGAGCAGAGCACUCCAGCACAAGAAACACCCAGUCAGCUCCAUCUCCCUCUCUCUCUCACAGAGAGAAACCUCCCUCCCGUCUGCGAUACUCCCCUCUCACCCACCAACAGCAUCCCACAAUGCAUUGCCGGAGCUUAAAGAAGAAAAACGGCUUUGUCUGAUUGGAUGUCAUCCAAGCAGCAGGCCAAGUAGGGGGGUUUAUAAUACAGGAAGUUGAAGCCCAAAAUAUAGCAGCUUGGAGACAAUGGGCAAAUGUUAUGAAAUCAUAAGAAUGAUGGGAAUUUUCAGAUGAGAUGUUAUCAGUGUUUUUUUUUGUUUGUUUUUUUUUCAGUUUGACACUGUUGACUUCAAGGACUAACUCAGUCACUCUUUCUUUAAAUGACUGAACAAACUUUUUCACAAGCACAGGAAAACCCUCACACACCUUUUUUUUUACUGUUGCGGGCCCACUGCUAUGUCAGCGUGACCGCUCAAUACAUUACCUCAAUGAACCAUAAAAGCAGCUGCUUUCAAACUUGACUCAUUAAAAAGGCUCUUACAAAAAGAAGUACUACUAAAUUUGUAGAUUUAUAUUCAUAUACAUAUCAACUGAACAGAUUUACCGUCCUACAUCGCUUCAGUCUGCGAGGAUGAUAAAGGGUCAUUGUGAGAAAAUGUCUUGCUGGGUUUUACUCGCUCAGGCGAAAGGCAUACUAGACCCUCCAGGAUUUGUGGCACCACUAUCCAAAAUUCUAUGGCGCUGUCUUUCUCUGUCACAAUUUCCCAUACAUGCAAUGUUCCUAAAAUGACACUUUAAUAUUUAGCACGCUUUCUAUUACAGUUCUCUUUCAUAAGCUCAUUAAUUAACACCAGCCGUCUUGUGUUGUCUGCAUUACAACCCUACCCAUGCCCACCCUCCAUGCCCAGUGUUGGGAGACCAGCAUCAGUGCUGCCCAGCUGGAAGAGCACUCUAGGGCUUGAGGAGCAGGUGGGGAGGCCUGUGAAUGCCAGGCCUUGUCCCCCCUUUAUCCUUCCUUUUCUAAUGACCGCCCCUCCCCCUCCCAGGGGCCUCUCACAUGGCCCUCUAAAAAUCUUGGCAUAAUCAGGGCUUUCUCUCAUUUUUCCAGCUAAAGAAAACACCCCUAAUGAAAAUAAACAGUGCCGUGGUUGCAUUAUUCCUGCAAUAAAACCACGUAAAGCCAUCUAGCUGUGGACACACCCUUCCCUUGCCCUUUAAAGUAAUUUCAGCGGUAACAUUUGAAGGCUAAGCCUACGUUUUUCCACAUAGUGUUACGUCUCACACACAGAUGAGCGCUCUAGCCUUUCAAAGUAUACUCUUUUGACCACGAGCCCAUAUAGAAGAGUUCGAUGCAUGCGCACUACGACUGCUUUGUGAUACGCUUCUGUAUAGUCAACGACAGACGGAUGCGCCGACAACGCGCAAAGAUGCCAACUGUCCAUGUGUCUAGAAAACUGGGCUGCACAUGAACAGUCUGUGCAUACUGUGCUGAUGACGAAAUUUGCAUCACUCAUACUGUGCGUGAGAUAUAGCGGCAGGCGGAAAACUGAAAUAAAUGUUUGUUUUAAGAUGGAGUUCCAUUGCAGUGUCGUCAAAUUUAGCUAGGUCAGCUUUCAAAAUUAAUUUCUCCCCUCAGAAUUUCUCAAGUUAGCUUUACUUCCAAAGUAAUAUGAUUUGGAGAGUUCUCCAUCUGUGUACUCUCACUGUGUGCAAGACUUUUUAAUCAGAGAUAGCCAUUUGUGGUAGUUCUCUUGAAUUGCCAUUCAUCGUAUUUGCAAAUACUUCUCACUGCUGGUCAGCAGAGGGUAUUUUACCGGGCACAGAUAAGCCAGUCCGACACAACAUCCUCUUCAUUAGUACUUUUCAAACCCAAUAAAACAGGGUGCCAUUGGCUGUUAAGUACCAUGUAGGUAAUGGAAGUCUCUUGCAUUUGUGUACUGGUUAGACAGAGUAUACUCAUCAAAGUAUAUUCCUGCUAAUAUGUACUGAAAAAUGUAUUUGCUUAAUGUAAAUUUACAGCCAACUCACAGCCCGGGUUAGUGUGAAUUACAGGUGAAACACACACAUGCGCGCUUAUGUUCCUGUAUUUUUCACUGUAACAAUAUUACUUGAAUGAGAAGCAAGACCAUUGAACACAGAUGGAAACAUGUCUAGGUCAUGACAAGUCAAACUGUACCUUUUCUUAACUUACAACCCAGCUAUCACAAAUUGUGUGAACUUGGAUGUAUUCAUUUCUCUUUAUUUGUUAAAUAUUUCAGCAUUGUGUCGUAAUUUUUCUGAUUAUUUUCCUUGGAUUUCUGUGUAGAGGUCUUAGCUGUGUUAUUAUUAUAGAUUUUUCUUGCGAAUAUUGUAAUUAGUGUUUCAUAAGGCUUUCUUUUCUGUCUGCUGCGAUGAUGCUUGUCCUAUGCUAGUGGGGAGGAGUAAAAAUCGGACUAACCUUUUCAUUGAAAGACACUGAGCUCUUUGUCAAUAGUAGGACAUUGGUGUGUAAUCUCCACAUAUAGGGAAGAAAAGGGAAAUAUCCUGACUUCUCAGAUGAAUCGCAGGAGAAUGAAUGCAUUCGAUAUGGCAUAACCAUAGAGACCACAGCAUUGUGAGUAGAUAGUCACACAUUCAUAUUUAAUUUUUGUGUUUGUUAUUUAACAUAAUUGAAAUUCCAGCUAGGUGUUACAUUUUUAUUUAGCUUUUGUCAUGCAUCUUUUAAAACUCAUCCCUCUAUAAUAACUGAAAAGGUUAUGGAUUUGUAUUUUUUUUUUAUUUUGAUGGGUUGGGAGAAGGAAAUUGAUGGAAUUCAUAUCUGAAAGAAUUGUACAUUUUAUGACAAUAUUUUUUUAUGAAUUAUCAGGUUCUUACGAGCCACAAAGCAUCAUACUGAAAGCGAAUCCUCUUUCGCUAAAUUAUUCUACAUGUGGAUUGCAUAAACCCACAUUCCCAGCUCAUCGAGAAAUUAUUUGAUUUUGUAUAUGGCCAUUUGUUCACAGAAUUCACCGAAUGACUUUGAUAGCGCUUGAACGAAUUUAGCACAGACUAAACAAGACUUUAAUCCUAUGUUCAACAAUUGACGUGUUAGUUCAAUAAUGAGUGCCAAAGGCAUUAGAAGGGUGAUCUUUAUUACAUCACAAACCGACAGACAAUUGAAAUAUACAGUGAUAAUUGAGAUAAAAUGACAUGUACAGUUUUCUAUGAGUGAUGUUUUUAAGUGUAUGUAGCGGGGUGAAUGAUAUGUAUUAGAUGAGUGAGUAUAUCUAAAAACUAAAUUCUCAUCUGACGUGAUCUUGUUGUACUUUAUUUUUAUUUUUUUUUGUUUUCCUUUAGUUAUGUUUGCUUCAUUUUGUCAUUGUCGUACAGUUGGGAACAAAUGCACAUAUUAGUAAAAGUGAAAACUCGGACAUUUACCUGUUGAACAUCUUAAAAGAAAGCUCUACCAUUCCAAAGGAUUGCAAAUAUAUUUGCUAUAAAUAUGCUGCUUAUAUCCAACCAAUGCAUCAAAGCUUCAUUUCUUCAAUGUAUUUAUUUUACAAUUACUCUUUUUGUAAUAUAUGUACAAUAUAACUUUUGUUACUAGUUCAGUUCGGUACUAAACAAAAGUUUUUUUUUUUGUUGUUGUUGUUUUUUUUCAUUUCUUGUAGGAUUUCUUUUUACUUUUAUUAUUUGCCUGUAAUCUUCUACUUAGUCUCCUUAUUUGGUAAAGAAACAGCCAUGCCAAGUUCUGAUAACUUAAACGAAUAGUUCACCCCAAAAAUGAAGAUUCUGUCAUCAUUUUCUUUUUUGGCUUAACAAUUUCUUUAAGCAGAAGAUCCUUGACUCUCUCAGAGAAGUUAAAAUACAAGAUGGCUUCCAAGUGUUCACUUAUCAGUUCCAAAAUGGUCUUCCCAUUCAAACUGAGUCAGUUUUGAAUAACCGAUGUUCUCAGUGCUGAAGGAAGCUGAUGUUGUAGUUUGAAAAGCUGAACAAUGCUUUUGCCAAGGAUGCCAUAGUCUGGUUAAAUGCCCCUCACUUUUAGCUUAAUGGAAUAACAGCACCGGGUGACUGCAUUACUUAUGUUAAAUUCUUGUUUUAAAGACUCAAUACCAAAGGUUUCAGGAAGGAAUGAAUAAAUGUUUAUGUUACAAAAAUUGGAAUUCAGUCUACCAUUUGAUGGUUUCAGAAAGAGAAAAAGAAUUGACAAAAGUUAUAACAUACAUAACUUACCCAUAAAUACAUAAAAGUUUUUCUUACUCUCAAAAGUAUCAGCCUUUUGCUAGUGGAAGCAAUCAAAGAAAGUUGUAGAGAUAUGCAAAAUCAAACAACCUUUGACUAUAAUAACCCUAAUUCACUAAAACCUACAGUAAAUAUAGUUAAUAUGAUUUUACAUAGUCCCAGAGAUACAUAGCUGUGAAUAUCUGCACAUGCAAAGCAACAGUAGUUUGUCCAGCACUGCCUUUAUAGUCCCAUCAUGCAGUUUAGGCCUUUAUGGCAGACGGUAUGUUAAUGUAAAGACCAUUAUUGGUGAAAAUUAAUUACACUGUGCUUCUGCAGUUAGAUGUUUCUCCAAAGAACCUAUAAGUAGAUGCCAUACAGUAACUGUUUCCUGAAAGCUUCAGAGACGUCAACACACUUUGGGAUUUACUAGACAGCAACUGCACCUUUAGAAAUGAAUAUUUACUAUGUCACAGGCAAACAAACAUCAUUUACUUGAGGUCUGCCUAAUGGAUGGCUGUCAUUUUUAAUGGUGGAAGUGGAUUUAGGUUUUAGCCCUAGCUUAGGUUUGACUGUUGUUUAUGUUUCGUCUCUUGCUCGACAUAGGAGAAUCUAACUGCUUUUGAGGGCUGUGGUCAUUUCUGUUUGUCUGGGUGUCUGCCAAGCCGUGCGGAUGGUUUCAUACACACUCACUUCUGUAAAAAGCACAGGGCGCCAAUUUGUCUUUGAUUCCCAGUUGUUAUGGCGCGAGCGUGACCUAGCAACUCCAUGAGGCUGAACUCGGUGUCACUCCCUCUGGGAGAUUCUAGCAGACGAACCCCCACUGAUCAUACAUUCAAAAUUCAUUUAAAAUAAAAUGCAUUUCCUAUAAAGAUAAAACGGCAUAAACACCCUGCUUCUCUGAAGUUCUGAAACUUCAAAACACUGUGAAAGAGGCAUUUGAAAGACUGAACGUAUUUCACAUAUUUCAUUGCAAUCUCCAUGUGAUGUUUCAAAUCAGUUAGGGUGGUAAAUUAAUUCAAAUCCCUUCUCCAAACAUACAAGUUAAAGGGCUAGAUCAUACAAAAAUGAAGACUCUGUCAUAAUUUACUCACCCUUAUGUCGUUGCAAAUCCAUAUGACUUUCUUUAUUCUGUGGAACACAAAAUAAGUUAUUUAUAGCAGUGUGUCCAAGCAGCUCUUUUUCAUACAAUGGAAGUGAAUGGCGACCUUGUCUGUCAAGUGAUUUUAAUGAAAUUAAACUUAAAUUAGAAACGUGUUCCUUGCACAAGGAAUCAUAUGACUAUAGAAGACUUGGAUAUAUAGUCCACAAGUUGUAUAGACUACUUCAAUGAUGCUUUUAAGGUGAUUUUUGUCCUUUUGGAGGUUGACAGCCUCUGGUCCCCAUCCACUUUCAUUGUAUGGAAAAGAGCAGCUCGGACAUUUUGCUAAACUACUUCUUUGGUGUUCAACGGAAGCCAUACGAGUUUAGAAUGACAUGAGGGUGAGUAAAUGAUGAAAAAUGUGUGAACUAUCCCUUCAAAUACAUCAUGUGUUAACACCCUCCGAUCUUAGAGAUUUCAAUAAGUGUUGUAUAGCGAGUUGUAGUGAGGCACUAGGGGCCUCAUCCUGUCUUGUAGACGUUCGCGACGUGAACUCGACUUGCCUUCCUGUUGUGCGUAUUUGUCUGUAUUUCUGUCUAUUUUAACUACACCGUGUGAUGCCUGCUCCAGUCUAUACAGCACUGGGUUCCUAUUUCCCAGUACAUCUGUACUUUGUACAAUAGCUUUUCUUCAACAAUGGCCAGUUCCACUCUCCAUAACCUCAUUGAAAAUACUGCCGCAUAAAUUAACUAUUAUUUUUCCCGUUUGUUUUGCAAUCAACCAAAUCACUACAAUGAAGUAUUACAGUUGUACAGUUCCUUGAAUUAUUCAGAUGAUAUUGUUGCUGGUCUAUGGUUGCUCUGCUGUACCUUUUUAUUACCUUUUAUUUUUACAUGUUAGACAAUAUUGUGACUAUGUCCUAUGCAAAUAUGAGAAUUAACAAGAAUCGGUCAAAUAAUGUAUGUUGUCUUAACUUGUAUGCAUGAAAUAGUGACGUUUACAUUUGAGAAUAAAUUCAUAAGUAAGA